CUGGUAUCGAACUUUGCCGGACUCUCCACGACUCUCAGACUAAGUUCUGACAACCAUGAUAUCCUUGAUCACCCGUUUCUCUUGUUUGUUAUAAAUUCUCUCUCCCUCUCUGAGUAGUUGAAGCUAGUUCGAGGCACUAGCGCAAUGGUGGUCAAGCCCGGGUGUUCCAGUGGGAGUCUGGGACUUGUCUGCAGCCUACUAACCGAUAAUGGUUAUACUCUACACAGUUAGGGACUUCGAAGGCGCCACUCUUCGCUAUAAAUGGGUGAUUCCGAGUCAGCAGUAACCGGAAUAACUCAGAACUGCAAGCAUACUACAGGCUAGUUCCGUGACAGUACUUACUUAUGAUCUUUUCUCGUAGCACCCAAAAGCUUUAUCCGGCACCGAUAAGAGAGCCGGUGAGUGCGUUACGUUGAUUGCAGUGCCUUUACGUCGAUUGCUUUUAGGAAUGAACAUGCUCGACGUAUAAUGGCAUUCAACUUUCCCACCACGGCGUUUGGGCAUAGUUCAUCCCGUGGAAUGGCUUCAGAAGAAAGCCCCCUACUGACAUCAAACAACAAUGGCGAUAAAACCGCGCACGAUAUAAUCUACGACCGGUUCACGCGAGGUCAGAAGAGGUGGAUCGUGUUCAUUGUCACUUGUGCGGGUUUGUUACCAAAAUUUAUUGCAGCGUCAUUGGUACCUUCUAUUCCCCAGGUAGCUAAGGAACUUCACUCCACGCAUGCUGCUGUCAGCUUGACUGUCAGUCUGUCGACCUUUGCUACUGCUGUUGGAACGCUGGUUUGGGCUGCGUAUUCGUCUUUUUAUGGACGUCGAACAAUGUAUUUGUGCGGGAUACCGUUUUUGUGCAUUGGUAGCUGCGGUGUCGCGAUGUCGCAGUCGUUGCGGAGUCUGCUAUUCUGGCAGUUCGUUCAGACAUUCGGAUGCUCUGGAGGGUUGUCGUUGGGCGCUGGCGUAAUUGGGGACAUAUACAGAUUGGAGGAGCGCGGGACUGGUAUUGGGAUAUUCUUGGGUGCCACGCUUUUCGGUUUUGCUGUUGCUCCGUUUCUUGGAGGUGCUGCGGCGCAAUAUUGGUCCUGGCGCAAUUUACACUAUUCCCUUGCUGCAUGGAGCUUGCUCGAACUCCUUCUAAUAUAUGUUUCGUUACUUGAGACGAGCCAUCCCGGCACAUUGGGCAUUGAUAAACUAAAUCGAAGAAAACGGAUCCAUAUCACAUGGGUGAAUCCUCUGAAGUGUCUCUGGCUACUUCGGAGUCCGAACCUAUUUGGAGUUAUGCUUGCGUCGAGUCUAGCAAUGGUCACUGACUAUGUUCUCCUCGUGCCGCUGGCGUACACUAUCGGUUUACGGUAUGGCAUCACGAACAGAGCCAUCAUUGGAGCGUGUUUCCUCCCCAAUGGACUCGGAAACUUCAUCGGAGCACCGCUCGCUGGCCGCUUAUCAGAUGUUAUAAUUAGGAAGUGGCAGAAGAAGCGCAAAGGAGCGUGGUCUCCAGAAGAUCGACUGAGAGCGACGUGGAUGGGAGGGCUGUUCAUGGUCCCAUUAUCCAUUGGAGUGUCAGGGCUGCUCAUAGCGUAUGUUGACGGUCCGAUCGGUCUUGCGUUGAAUUUAUUGUGUCUUUUUAUCAAUGGAGUGGGGGUCGUCUUCGUGCUAAACCCAAUUGGGUCUUAUAAUGUAGAUGUAGUACAUUCGCAAAGCGCAGAAAUCACAGCUGCCAACGCCGGUGUCAGGUCAUUCAUUCUGUCUGUUGCGACCGCUUUUGUUAUCCCAUCUAUCGAACGCAUUGGUGUUAUGUGGACGUACAUUCUUGUCGCUGUCCUCGCACUUCUAGGACAAGGGAUCAUUUUCCUUACGAUUCGUUAUGGAGAGCGCAUGAGGGCUAGCGUAGAUGUUGGGUUUUCGACUGUAGAGAAUAAUUGAUCUUCCACAUUGGCUUAAUAUGUACAAGUAUGUGCUAAUAUCAAAGUCCUUUGGGUCUUAGACCGUACAUGGGGCUUACUCCCGCUAUUCUAUCGUAGAAAACCAGAAAGGAGAAAUAAAAUUUUCCAUCUCUCAAUCCUCGAGUUGAUG